AUGUGUGAAGGUUACAUGGGCGUCGAGAGUUGGUCCAUGUCCAUCUUAGCGCCGCUGCGCAAAGAACAAAUCCCACUGGAAACAAACGACUGGCUUGGACUUUUCCUAGAGCAGGUUGCAGUUGGUGAUGCUGUCAGUAGUCCGAAACUGUUCUGCAUCCUCAAUGACUCGUUCGACGCGUUUCAUCGACUCUACAGGCCUUCUAUCGAUGUGCAUAAUGCGGCAUUGGUACAGCUGGACCAGGCUUUGAGGGAGCCUAAUCGUCCUGAUGCAGAGUCUCGGUUGGAGAAGUUGCCAUCAGAGUUAAUCAGAGACAUUCAUCUUUAUCUCGAACCGGUGGACGUCAUUGCUCUUGGGCUUUGCAGCCAGCGCCUGUGGAUCAGAGCAGUGACCACUAUCCAUCAUGAUCGCCGCUUGUAUUCAUGGAUAGAUACACCAAUCUUUCUUACGGGCUUUCGAAAGACGACUCUCCCGCCGGCAAUCUAUGAGUUGUACCAUCAAGUCAAGGAUCCAUCAAUGCAAGAGCACAACGUCGACUGCGACAUGAUGGAUCAGCGGAAUCCAUGUGCGCACCACGAAUCAACAGGGUCAUGGUCUGCGUGGAAGCAAAGUGCAAUGCAUGGGUAUACUUCUUUACCACCCCCAGAAUUCGAAUACCAUCAACGUAGAGAGAUACCUCGUCUCUUAUCAUCAAGUGGAAUCCCGGAUAAUCUACAUGAAGCGCUGAUGUCAUGCUUGGCCCUUCAUGACUUGGAUGAUGCAGGACAGUGCUAUCUUCGCAGCCUCACCACCAAGCAAUACAUACGGAUGGAACUCGUGAAAGACCAAACCAUCUCUAAGCUUACCACUGUUUCAUUGACGGGAAAUCGAUGGCUUACUCUGGAUAUCCUGCUAAUGUGGCUCAUUAACUGGCAGGAGAGUGACGAGCUUCCAAAGGCAGUACCUACGAGGAAGCCAAGGGAUUUGGUCAAAAAUGUUUCCAAGAACGGGCCAAGGGUCAUUGAAUCUGAGAUUGCACAGAUGCGUGGGUACUUUAUGGAGAUGUACACCGGCAAAUGGGCAGGCCACUGUUUGGAUAUUGUGAAGCAUGUGCAGCCCAGGAUGGAAGGCUGGACUGACAUCACGGGUGAGAUUGAAGAGAGCUCACAGAGAUGGUUUGCUGGAAUAUACCUGGAGGUCUAUCUUGUGAAUGAUAGAGACAAGAAGAAGUAUUGGGACCGUUUUGCGAAAGACCAGAUGGAAAAGUAG